UAAUAUCGAGGCUAAAUCAUAUGAGUAAUUUGUAGCAUUUUACCAAACAAUGCCUGUUUAUUCAAAUGUUUACUACUAAAAAAAAUAUAUUGAAAAUAUUGUUUAGUAAUACUGUUCCAAUAUUCAACGUGUUGAAACGUGUUCUAUGGCAGGAGGAGAGCGAGCGUGGUCUGCGGUUGUGCGGAGAGCGGAACGCGUGCGCAGUCCUGCUGCAUCGUUACUGGCGCGCGGACGCACUGGUGCGGUUAUGCCGGUGCCCUCGACGCCGCCGCUGCGACAGUCGCGCCCCGCCCGACCGACGUAUCGAGCUUAACAACCGAGCCUACUUUCAAGUAAGUACUAACAAAACGUUUCAACUAAAAUUAUCUAAAACCGACUUUACAUUACGAAAGUAGUGUCACUAAACUAAAAACAAAUUUCGCGAAAGUAAUUUCGGCACAUUUGAAAGUACUUUCGUUAUGGCGUACAAUCAACAGCAUCUUGGAGACCAUGACAGCGUCAACAUCGAAGCUUUACUAUGCGCAGAUGGUAUCACAACAGUAAUUUCACACUAGUAAAUCAAGUUGAAAUUAAUUGCGUGAAACUACUUUCAUCAAAAAUAUUCGCAUUGUAUGAAACUACUUGACUGUCGUGAAACAAACGCAUGCGUUGCGAAAGUAGACAUUUACACGUGCAACUGCUAGCGAAGUUAAUGGAACGAAAGUAGCUUCAAGCAACUACAUUCGUAAUGUAUGUAUAU